AAUGGCUAUUUUCAUGAAGCAUUUUUCUGGCCGCUGCUCACUCCUGUCAGACACCGCGAGUCUCUUCCGCCUAGGCGGGGGGGGCGAGAACAGGUUGAAUAUUUAGACAAAAGCUGCGUUUUUCUUUCGAGUGGGUCUAUGAAAGAAUAUAAGGUCGAGGGGGUGAAAAAAAACAAAAAAAAACGAGGAGCCGCUACACUUGCGUGUGAAAAUGGAGCUUCCCGCCGCAGGAGAGCACGUCUUCGCGGUGGAGAGCAUCGAGAAGAAGCGCAGCCGGAAGGGCAAGCUUGAGUAUUUGGUCAAGUGGCGUGGAUGGUCCCCAAAGUACAACACAUGGGAACCAGAGGAGAACAUUCUGGACCCCAGACUGCUAGAUGCUUUUGAAGACAGAGAACGCCAAGAGCAGCUGAUCGGAUAUCGCAAGAGAGGACCGAAGCCCAAGCACCUGUUGGUUCAGGUUCCUUCUUUUGCACGGAGAUCUAGUGUUCUUGCUGACCUCAAUGAGUCGUCUCUGGAUGAAGACCGCUCUGUUCCAAUGUUGCAUCUGCAGAGCCAGCAGUACCAGCUGAACAGCAACAAGCACCACCACUACCAGCCAGUCGUGAAAUCACGCGAGUCUGCAUUUGCUAAGCCCAGAGAGAUCAACACACCAAAGUUUUCCAACAAGGGGUACAACCUCCCCCCUGUGCUACAGCAAAAAUGGUUCAGGGACAAAACCUCAGGUGUCUUGACCAAGGUAAAGGACAUAACAAUGGAGCUGAAGAAGCUCCCGGCAGACCUCAAAGGUCACGACGAACCCGAGAAGGCAAAGCCUGAGGAGCAUAAAGUUGUGAGUGCUCGGAAAUUAAAAAUUGUAAAAAACAAAAACAAGAACGGACGGAUCGUUAUCGUCAUGAGCAAAUACAUGGAAAGUGGAAUGCAAGCGGCCAAGGUUAAAAACUGUGACUCCCAACCUGAGGAGAAGCAGUUGCAAGGAACUGCCAACACAGAACAUCACCUACAGAAGAUGAAGCUUGUCAAACAUCUUGACCUCAUUAAUGGAUUUGCAAAAAAAACCAAAGCUGUCUCUGUCUUGGAAUUUACGGGAGAUUGCUUAAAGAAAAAGUCUGCCAAAACUGAGCUUUUUGCGGGGGGAAAGGAUAAACAUAGUGAGGUCAGAGGUCCGACGGAUCAGCCUUUACAAUUGACAACCGAGCCUAAUCCGGUUUCUUUGCCUCCGGACACUGGAGUUACCGCCUUCACGGACAGAAAAGGAACUCCGAACAAAUUUCAAGGAUUAAAACGACACCUUUCGGACACGGACAGCGAGGGGCGUAGAGGUAACAAGAGGUUUGCGGUCUCUCCCCACGCAGUCUCUUCACGCACCCAAAGUCUUGGCGCUGACCAAAACGACCACCAGGUUCCUCCUGCAGUGCAGUGUUGUGAAUACGCUGCUCAAGAACACCCAAUUGACUUGAGCUUUGUCAAGUCCAAGCCUGAUGUGUUCCUGGCGACAGACAGACAAGAGGAAGAACAACGUGAAAGUGAAACCGUCGCCAAUGUAGACUCUAAUCAUUCAUCAACUGUCGGUGACCAGGUAACGAGAAAGGAGGAGACAUUUCCUUCUUUCCAGCCUUUCCAUGGGAAUAUCCUCAUCACAGACAUUACCACAAACUGUCUCACAGUUACCUUUAAGGAGUACAUUACAGCAUAACUGUAUCAGGACAUGAAUGUUUUUUUGUUUUUGUUUUUAAAAAGGUACAUAUUUGCCCCUUAAAGCCCCACACAAAACUCUGGCCAUGGUGAAGACUUUCAAAAACUGGCUGACCUUAGCAUUUGUGUAUGAACUAUUUUUGGCUUGUGUCAGUAGAAAUAUACAUUUAUUGUCUAUUAGUAUUUAAACCUCAACAAGUAAUUAAGCUACUGACUUACUGCUGCUGACUUCACUUCUCACAGUAGUAGAUGUGCACAACGUCUAACACACCCGGGCCAUUCAAAAAUAGAAAUGAGCACUGAUUAGAAAAAUGAUGUACACUGCAUCGUUCAUUCUAUAUAAAUUCUGAAAGAGGCGUCCUAACUAGGGAUGCUGCCGAUACCGAUCAACCGUGAGUGAGGUUUACUAAUACUAAACACAUGCAUCAACUGUCAUUUUUUCAAUGUACUUAUGGUGAGUGCUGUUGACAGUUUAACAAUAUCAACACAAUAUUUCAAACCACUGCGGUUCCUUAUUCUCUUUAUUAAAUACAAUUGUUUGAGGAAUGAUAAUAACCGGUACACAAUAACAUAACAGAAGCAAUAACUACCGUCUACUCAUUUAAAUCCUUAGUUUUUACUCUUGUGUCAAUGACUUACUCGUAGUUUAAUAUUAACAAAAACCCAUAUAAAUAAAUAUUAUUUAGAGAAAAUUUUAAAUAUCGAUAUAAUCACAAUUGUAUCGAUCAUAUACUGGUACUGCUCUUGAGCACAACAGUUUCUGUAAUGUUAUUCUCUCUCUAGACCAGGGGUGUCAAAGGUACGGCCCGCGGGCCGGAUAAGCCCCGCGAACAGGUUUUAUCCGGCCCGCGGGAGAAGUUUGCCAAGUAUAAAAAUGAGCUGAAAUUUUUGAAUGAAAGAAACUGCUGUUCUAAAUGUGUCCACUAGAUGUCGCAAUAGCAAUUCUUUGUAUCCUUGUAGAUUAUGCUACAUAAGUAAAUAAAAACACAUGUUAGUGCACCAGUCGAGGAAAAUGAGCAAACUACAUAAAUAACAUCCUGUAAUUUGAUUUUGAUAAUAUUUUUUUAUCCUGAUAGAUUGAAAAUGAACACCAAUGAGUUGACUGAUGAACGAUAUCACAUAAUUUAUUUAGAAAGUAUAAAUAACGACAAAUAAAGAGAAUACUAUUAACCGCAACAUGUAAGUGUAAAAAAAAAAAAAAAAAAAUUAUGAUUUGUCCAUUUUCAGAAUGUGCUUGUUCCAUUUUUAAACAAAGAAAACAAUCUGAAGUUGUCUUUAUUCUUAACUUAUCGUGCCGUGAUUUUACCAGUCCGGCCCACUUGGGAGUAGAUGUUUCUCCAUGUGGCCCCCCCGAUCUAAAAUGAGUUUGACACCCCUGCUCUAGACUCUUAUUUGUUAACUUCCUGUUAAUAUCUGCUUACUUUCUGCUGUAACUCGGUUCCGUCUACACUUCUUCAACUUUACUAAGCACUUAUUUCCUGGUGUUUUUCCAUGCUACCUUAGUGAUUAGCAUGUCUGCUCCUGACAUGUUCUUGGUGUGUAACAUGUUUACCUUGAUAAUGAUAUUCAAGAUCUAAAAAUUGUUUGCCACUAUGGGGGUGAUGAUUAUUAACUUAUGCAUAGAGAUACACAAUUAGCAGCUAGCCGCCUAUCAGCCGGCAAACCACAAAUAAAUACAGCAUCAGCCAGUUCGAUUGAUUGAUUGAAACGUUUAUUAGUAGAUUGCACAGUAUAGUACAUAUUCCGUACAAUUGACCACUAAAUGGUAAAACCCCAAUAAGUUUUUCAACUUGUUUAAGUCGGGGGUCCAAGUAAAUCAAUUCAUGGUGGGGGAUUGGCGUUUGCGAUCGUCAUUGAAAAGCAUUCUGCAAUGGCAAUUGCGUUUGUUUUCACUUAAAUCCGAAGAUACUGAUCAAUGUCUAAUCAAUUGGCGCAUCCAUAGUUAUAAAAUAAGUUGUUUUUUCAGGCUUCUGAUCGGACAAAAUGAUCAUGACAACCAGUGAAUGUUUUCAUGUCGACAAAGAUCUCAUCCAAUGGUAUACAGGAGUGUUUUUAAAAAUAUUCAUGUUCCUGUGGACAUAGUCUAUAUGUCCAUCAAAUAUAUUUGUAUUUUCAGAUGUGUGAAUAUACAAACCCAACCUGUUUUUUUUAUAGUCUUGUAUAGUUAUAAAAAAAAAUCCUAUUUCCUAUCAUAAGCUGGACAUGUUACGAUCUGUCAUUUUAUCACAUGGUCAUUUAAAAAACUUAAUAAAGCAGAGGAAAAAAUGCGGUAACUUCAACUAAAAAUGCACUUCAGUGUUUCUCCUCGGCUCCGGGAGUGGUGGGGAUUGAGAAAAUGUGGCUAAUUAUACAACGAUAAUAAAUUGUGCCUCCACUAUUUUGUUUCCCUAAUAUUCAUAAUAUAACCCUAGACGAGAGAGACUCCAAAAUGACAUAAAAGUCAAACUAAAGACAUUAAAUUACUUUUGUUGUGAUUUGACACUAUAUAUAAACCAUUAGAUUAAAAUACAAUUAGAUUAAGAAUAUACUGAUAGGGGAAACACUGCACUUAUAUGUUGUUGUUCAUGUCUGGAUACUUUACUAAUGAGGUUUUGAUUUGGGCCCUACUGUCUAUAUUCACAUAUUUGUAAAGAAUGUGGACUGAAGGGGUUUGGAUGAAAAACCAUUGUCAAAUACACUGUGUGUGUGUGUGUGUGUGUGUGUGUGUGUGUGUGUGUGUGUGUGUGUGUGUGUGUGUGUGUGUGUGUGUGUGUGUGUGUGUGUGUGUGUGUGUGUGUGUGUGUGUGUGUGUGUGUGUGUGUGUUUCUUGUAU